UAGUGUCGAACACUGGACGGAUAAGUACCUUCUCACAUCCAGAGCGAUCAAAAUCUUAAACCAGCGUUGGUAUGCAAGGCUAAGGUGAGGCGAGAAGGUGGGGCAGUGUGGACUGUGAUGUUAUAAGUGCCAUGAAACAGACAGACGGUGCUUUCAAAUGAGCACAAAUGAGAUAAUUGAGCUGAGGAAAUGGUCGUUAAACUGGAGCUGAGUGUUUGGCAGCGGAAGCAGAGGGACGGCAGCAGAAGCAGAGGGACGGCAGCAGAAGCAGAGGGACGGCAGCAGAAGCAGAGGGACGGCAGCAGAAGCAGAAGGACGGCAGCAGAAACAAUCUAAGGAAGGAUGCGGCAGCUAUCGCCCAAGAGGAAGAUGAUAGUAGCGGUGGUGGUGUGCACAAUGAUAUCCUUUAACAUGUGGGUCCUGCACUACGCUUCCAGCACCCAUGACCUGGAGCCUCCCUCAGGAAGGUGGUUCGAAACCCAGUAUCUGAGGUUGGAAGAACGGGAGCCGGCACGGGAAGGACUGCUGCUACUGGAAGGGUACUCGAACCCACGUCUCACCCUCAGAAUGUGGUGUACUGUGGAGAGCGCCGUCCGUGCACACCCACACCUUCCUGUGUCCUUGCUUAUGACAGCUUCUGUAAUUAAGGAGAACGCACUCUUGCACAACAUGACAAGCCAGUUCUCUAAUCUUCACGUUCUACACUUGAACUUAAGCCAGUUAUUCCACGGGUCGCUACUUGAAGCUUGGUACACUCAGAACAAGUGGAAAGACAGUUACUGGCCGCAGUCUCACCUCAACGAUGGUAUCAGGUGGAUGUUACUGUGGAAGUACGGAGGCAUUUACCUGGAUCUGGAUGCUAUAGUCGUACGGUCCUUGGCUCACCUACCCAACUGCACUGCACGGGAAUCUGACAAUUACGUGGCAGCUGGGGCGCUCAAGUUCUCCCAGGGUCACCCUGUGAUAUGUGCGUGUCUACACCACUUGGCACACUACUUCAGUGGUACGGUCUGGGGAGCCAAUGGUCCUGAACUGCUAACGCAAGUGCUAAUUGACAGGUGUGGACUGGAGCUACCAUCUGACCGUGUUCCUGGCUGCCCUGACGUGACAGUGCUGCCCCCUCGAGCCUUCUACCCACUACCUUGGUGGGAGUGGCGUCGCUAUAUGCAGGAAGACCCAGCCUUGGCGUAUGACCUUCUGAAUGACGCCCAGGUCUACUCUCUCCAUAUGUGGAACCUACACACCCGCCACAAACCUGUUCUUCUUACUUCAAACCAGAUCUACGCCCUCGCCGCCCACGCCCUCUGCCCCACAACCGUCGCCCACGCUGGUUUGACCAUGUAAGGUGACCCGCUCAGAGAGACGGAGGCUCUUGUUGCAGUCUUGUCAACACACCUCUACUUCUCCAUAUCCUAGCAUUACCUCUGUGUCCUCUGGAUUGGAGUAGUGUAUAGGAUGUCCUCAUACAAUAGAGUGAAAAAGUAAUGUGAAGGACCUGGGAGUGAUAAUGUCAGAGGAUCUCGCCUUCAGAGAUCACAACAACGUAUCUACCGCAUCUGCUAGAAAAAUGAUAGACUGGACAAUGAGAACUUUCAGAACUAGGGACUCCAAGCCCAUGAUGAUCCUCUUCAAAUCGCUUGUUCUCUCUAGGCUGGAAUGCUGCUGUUCACUAACUGCCCCCUUCAAGGCACUCCAAGCCCAUGAUGAUCCUCUUCAAAUCGCUUGUUCUCUCUAGGCUGGAAUGCUGCUGUUCACUAACUGCCCCCUUCAAGGCAGGCGAAAUUGCCGACCUGUAAAAUGUACAAAGAACUUUCACAGCACACAUAAGUACGAUAAAGCACCUAAAUUACUGAGAACGGUUGAAGUCCCUUGAUUUAUAUUCCUUGGAACGCAGGCGACAGAGAUACAUGAUAAAAUACACUGGAAAAUCCUAGAGGGAUUAGUACCAAUCUUGCACACGAAAAUCACUCCCUAUGAAAGCAAAAGACUAGGCAGGAGAUGCAACAUUCCCCCAAUGAAAAGAAGGGGCGCCACGAGUACAUUGUGAAACAACACAAUAAUUGUCAGGGGUCCAAGACUGUUCAACUGCCUCCUAGCAUACAUAAGGGGGAUUACCAACAGACCCCUGACUGUCUUCAAGAAGGCACUGUACAGGCACCUACAGUCAGUACUUGACCAGCCGGGCUGUGGUUCAUACGUCCGUUUGCGUGUUAGUCGACUGGUGUGGGUCGCAUCCUGGGAUACUGACCUAAUUUGGCCGAAAUGCUCAGCAGAACAAGGGGCUUUCUAUAUAGUAGUAUGUCAUUGAUGUCAGCUAGGACUGUAUACCAUGUGAAUGUACUUGUAGUAAAUAAAGAUAUUAUUAUUAUUAUUAUUAUUAUUAAUUAUUAUUAUUAUUAUUAUUAUUAUUAUUAUUAUUAUUAUUAUUAUUAAGUAGCUACCCUCUGUUUAUUCACCAUCUUCUGUUCCGUGUGGACAGUGUGACAAAAAGAUACAUAGGAGAAACAGAAAAAACUAUCGACCAGGUUGAACAAACAAAUGUGCGUGUAGAAAGGUUGACUAAAGCAAUACUUGUGUUGUCCACAAGAACAAUGAAGGCCACCUUAUGUGUUGGGAAAAAAAAACACCCUAUUUGCCUUUACCGAACCAAAACUGAGUCGACAUCGUUGCUUCAAGGCCACCCUUAUCGUUAUUUCUAGCGUCGUUUGAACAACGUAUCGACCACAUUGGAUCACGUAAUCAGCAACUACUCUUCAGCAUGGCCACAUAGCACCACAACUACGAGGAGACCUGUCUGAUGCUCACCUAUCCUGAGAACACUUACCUCACAUGUGCUUGAUAAUAAUAAUAAUAAUAAUAAUAAUAAUAAUAAUAAUAAUAAUUUUAUUUGCUACAAGUACCGGUACAGGGUAUACAUGCCUAGUUGACAUAAGUGACACUACUAUAAAAAGCCCCUUGUUAUGCUGAGCAUUUCGGGAAAAUUAGAUCAGUUUUGUCCUAGGAUGCGACCCACACCAGCCAACUAACACCCAGGUACCCAUUUUAAACUGAUGAAUGAACAGGGACAGCAGGUGUCUUAUGGAAACACGUCCCUAAUGUUUUCCAGCCGUACCGGAGGAGAUUCGAACUCCGAACCUCAAUGUGUGAGCUGAGUGCACUAGCGAUGGAGCUACGGUCUAUGAAUACUCUAUCUCUUGUACCCUGUGUAUCACGCGUGAACAAAGUCCCAGGACUGAAGUGUUUCUCCACUAAGGUGUCUCAGGUGUAGCUUGUGUCUGUAACAACAAAUGUAAAAGUGUUGCAAGGUAUGUAAUAACAACUUUAAUAAUGAGUGUAAUAAUGACUACAAUGAAGAUAAGUGAUAAGUUUAAAGGUUUGAGUUCAUUACAAAAAAAUGAUUAUUAAACGAGAGUGGAUACUUGGACAAAUAAAAGUAUAAUAAUUUUCAGUUUCAUUAUUGAUCUCAUUAUUAACCUGAUUGUUAAUUCUAUUAUUAAUCUCGUUGUUAAAUUUAUUAUUAAUAUUGCUACUCAUUAUUAACCUCAUGUUUAAUGCUAUUAUUAUCCUCAUUGUUAAUGUCAUUAUUAAUCUCAUUGUUACUCGUUAUUAACCUCAUUGUUAAUAUUAUUAACCUCUUUACUAACCCCAUAACUAAUUUUAUUAUUAACUUCAUUAUUAACUUCAUUAUUAACAUCACUACUAACGGAGCAUGGAAAUGCUCUAUACAAUACAGGAAAAACGUAAAUGGAAAAAAAAAUUCUCUGAACCUAGUAUUAGAUUUCACCAUUUUUUUUUUAAUUUAAAGCCGCUAUUACACAUCACUCGCAUACAUCCUGUUCCGUAGAUCAAACCUGAUUAUCUCCCAUUUCCCCAAACGCCGCUUGACCUCUACGGGUUUGGCGCUUUCCCAUGAUCCAUAAAGCAUUAUUGUCUCUCACAUACAGCUUUCCGUGUCUUUAUGUACACCUGUUAACCCUUUUGGGGCCUAGUUCAUAGGUCUUUUGUGUAUCCAUAUGCUCUUGCACUACCAUCCACAGGAUGGAUAUGGGGUGCACAACAAACUAGCCACUUCGGUGGCAAAAUCUAAAAUCUAAUCCGUGUCUUUAACACUAUUUUUUUAGCAUUUCCUCCAGUCAUGCUGGUUUUAAUCUCUCUUUUUUCGAGUUUGGCAAAUAUUACAUUUUCACAAAUUAAUAUUAACAGUAAUGGAUAUUUUAAUCUUUUAAGCCUUAAUUCAUAAAGUAAAUUCUAAGUGUAUACAUACUCGUGUAUACAUCCCUUCAAGGCUGUAUAUACACUGUUCACGAAAUCGUAAAUAACAGGAUUGCAAAGAGUCCACGGAACGAGUGGGAUCUAAGCCCAUGGUGAGUUUUACGACUCUCUAUAAGUUCAAACCCCACCCGUUCCGUGGUUUAUAUACACUGCUGUUUUCAUGCAUAUAUAUCAAAGUAUACCUCAGAAUAUACACAGUUCCAAGUCUAUCUUCUCAUCUUGCACUGACUUUACCCCACAUUUUUGUUUUCAUCUUCGUUCUCUACUACGCCUUCUUCUCUACUUUUUUAAAUUCUAUCUCCCGCUUUCUCUUACCUCCCACUGCAAAUCUUUGAUUUCAUCUAGGAUUUACAUGGCGUUCUGCCGACAAUAGCAAAGAAAAUACACAAUUUGCAGAGAAGUUUAUAUUGGGACACAGUUCAAAACGAUGUCCCAGUGACUCCUUACUCUACACUCAUAAGUUUCUCCCUCUUGGAAUACGACUGGUAUAAAUAUGUCGACAACCAAGACAUGACAAACAUCUCAGCGAGCGAAAUGUAGCAUAAAUAAAUAUUCCACAACGUUCCUUUGCAACAAUAUAUCUUCGUUAAUUCUUAGCCACCAGGUUCACGCCAGCCUGGUGGCCUGGUGGCUAAAGCUCCCGCUUCACACACGGAGGGCCCGGGUUCGAUUCCCGGCGGGCGGAAACAUUUCGACACGUUUCCUUACACCUGUUGUCCUGUUCACCUAGCAGCAAAUAGGUACCUGGGUGUUAGUCGACUGGUGUGGGUCGCAUCCUGGGGGACAAGAUUAAGGACCCCAAUGGAAAUAAGCUAGUCCUCGAUGACGCACUGACUUUCUUGGGUUAUCCUGGGUGGCUAACCUUCCGGGGUUAAAAAUCCGAACGAAAUCUUAUCGAGAAUCCAAGGGCUCAUCGGUACGUCGUAUGGAACUUUUCGCCAGUAUGUGGACGUUUCGCUCAUUCUUGAUCAUCGGUGACAAGUUUCAACUCCAUUCUCCUCUUAUUUUGACCGAGGCACCAUUCAUUGUGACAUUUUUUCCAUUGUGUAGGUAUUUUAUUAUACCUUAUUCCAUUGUGUAGGUAUAUAGGCUUACCAUUGCAUUAACACGCCAAUCAUCCCAAAAUAUUCUUAUCAUAUUACCGUAUCAGUACGAAAAUACGUAAACGAUAAAAAACCUAAAAGUCAGAUAUUUAUUUUUGUUAUCGCGUUGAUGGUCUUUCAGUGUCAGCUUGACGAGGCUGAACCACGUAGUCGCAUUGAGAGGCCCAAGCGACGCUCACUGCCCCUCCAUAAUCCCUGGAAGUGACUGUGUAUAGAAGCUUGCUGAAUAUUCCUUUUACCGUCACGCCAGUACCUGGAACCCACUCACCUCAACACACCAGUACCUGGAACCCACUCACCUCAACACACCAGUACCUGGAACCAACUCACCCUAACACACCAGUACCUGGAACCCACUCACCUCAACACACCAGUACCUGGAACCCACUCACCUCAGCACCGGUACCUGGAACUCACUCACCUCAACACACCAGUACCUAAAGCCCACUCAUCUCAACACACUAGUACUUGGAACCCAUUCACCUCAACACACCAGUACCUGGAACCACUCACCUCAACACACCAUUACCUGGAACCCACUCACUUCAACACACCAGUACCUGGAACACUCACCUCUACACACCAGUACCUGGAACCACUCACUUCAACACACCAGUACCUGGAACCCACUCACAUCACCAGUACCUGGAACCCACUCACCUCACCAUUACCUGGAACCCACUCACCUCAACACACCAGUACCUGGAACCCACUCACCUCAACACACCAGUACCUGGAACCAACUCACCUUAACACACCAGUACCUGGAACCCACUCACCUCAACACACCAGUACCUGGAACCCACUCACCUCAGCACCGGUACCUGGAACUCACUCACCUCAACACACCAGUACCUAAAGCCCACUCAUCUCAACACACUAGUACUUGGAACCCAUUCACCUCAACACACCAGUACCUGGAACCACUCACCUCAACACACCAUUACCUGGAACCCACUCACUUCAACACACCAGUACCUGGAACACUCACCUCUACACACCAGUACCUGGAACCACUCACUUCAACACACCAGUACCUGGAACCCACUCACAUCACCAGUACCUGGAACCCACUCACCUCACCAUUACCUGGAACCCACUCACCUCAACACACCAGUACCUGGAACCACUCACCUCUACACACCAGUACCUGGAACCCACUCACCUCAGCACACCAGUACCUGGAACCCACUCACCUCAACACAGCAGUACCUGGAACCCACUCACCUCAGUACACCAGUAUCUGGAACCCACUCACCUCAACAUACCAGUACCUGGAACCACUCACCUCAACACACCAGUACCCGUAACCCACUCACCUUAGCACACCAAUACCUGGAACCACUCACCUCAACACACCAGUACCUGGAACCCACUCACUUCAACACACCAGUACCUGGAACCCAAUCACUUCAACAUACCAGUACCUGGAACCCACACACCUCAAAAAAAACAUUACCUGGAGUCCACUCACCUCAACACACCAUUACCUGGAACCCACUCACCUCAACACACCAGUACCUGGAACCCACUCACUUCAACACACCAGUACCUGGAACCCACUCACUUCAACACACCAUUACCUGGAAUCCACUCACCUCAACACACCAUUACCUGGAAUCCACUCAUCUCAACACACCAUUACCUGGAGCCCACUCACCUCAACACACCAUUACUUGGAACUCACUCACUUCAACACACCAGUACCUGGAACCUGUAUACUUUGCAAAUAAGAACCUUUCUCCAGCAGAACAGAAUUAUUCUCAACUUGAUAAAGAAGGUCUAGCUUUAGUGUAUGCUGUCAAGAAAUUCAGAUAUUUUUUGCUAGGUAGAAAGUUUGUUGCUCGCACAGAUCAUUAACCAUUCGUAGCUUUGUUUGGAAAAGUUGAACAUAUUCCAGUCAAUGCAAAUGCCAAAAUCAGCGUUGUGCACUGUUAUUAGCUCAGUAUGAUUACGAAUUGUUAUUCAAGGCUGACAAGGAAAGUGUUAUUGCAGAUGUAUUAAGUAGAUUACCUAUUGAAGAUCAUAGAGUCAGGUACACGUAUUGAAUAUAUAAGAUUAGUAGAGUGUCUAGAUUUACAAAAUAUCUCAUCUGACAAAAUCAAAGAGGAAACUGGGAAUGAUGGUUGUAUUAUCCCAAGUAGUAAAUAAUGUUAAAUAUGGGCGGUGUAAGAACAGUGUACUUUUAUCUGACUAUAAUUCCGUCACAUCAGAUCUGAUUAUUCAUGAUGAUGUAGUAUUGUAUAGGAAUAGAGUGGUAGUGCCUGUAGAAUUAAGAUGUAAGGUAUUAGAGCAUUUACAUAUGAGUCAUAAUGGUAUCAAUGUUAUGAAAGCAGAAUCAAGGAAGUGGGUCUGGUGGCCAAAGAUGAACCAAGAUAUUGCGGAAGUGACUAAGAAUUGUUCGAUUUGUUUUAAAAAUUUUAAGUCAGUUUCAUCUUCUGUCCUAUCUUGGCCCCGCUCAGGGUCUUCAUGGUCUAGAGUGUAUAUAGAUUAUGCAGGCCCAGUUGAGGGCAAAUAUUUUUUGGUAACUGUAGAUUCUUUUUCAAAAUUUUUAGAUGUGCAAGUAACUAGUUCCAUGACAUCCACAGUUACUACUGAAUUUCUGAGGAAAUCCUUUUGUAAUUUUGGAUUACCAGACAUAGUUGUGUCAGAUAAUGCUACAUACUUUGCAUCACAAGUGCUGGAAGCCUUCUUUAGUAAGAAUAGUAUUGAACAUGUUACUCCAGCCCCAUACCAUCCAUCAUCAAAUAGUCUGGCAGAGAGGGCAGUAAGGACGGUGAAGGAAGGAUUACACAAAUUUACAAAAGGAUCUCUCAAUACCAGACUAUGUAGGUUCUUAUAUAACCAUAAGAAAACUGUUCAUUCCUCCUCUAGUAAGACACCAGCAGAAAUGAUGUUUAAUGGGAAUUUUAAAGUCCCAGUAGGGCUGUCAAACGUCAUCUUAAGGAAGACAAGCCAUUGCCUAACAUGCCUGCUGGUGAACUUCAGGAAAAGGCGAAGCAAUUUCAAGUUGAUGAUGCUGUGUAUGCCAAAAAUUUUAGGAAAGGUGACCCUUGGGUAGAAGGGAAGAUUGUGGAGGUAUUAGGGGUUAGGAAUUACAAAAUGUUAAUUAGAGGUUUUGGUAAUAUAAUAUGGAAAAGAAAUAGAUCACCUCAUGCCAAGGUUUAGGAGUGGAGAGCAAACACUGGUUUCAACAGUACCAGAAGCUGUAAGGAGUGGUUUAGAGGAACUGCCCACAAUAGAUAAUAGUGGUAAUAAACUUAAGAAUCAGGUUAUCAUGCAGGAAAAACCUCCUGGGAGAUUUGAUGAAGAAAACAAGUGUGAGAGGAGAGGUUGCACCUCAGGACAGUACAAACCCUCCGUUUCUCCAGCGUUCCUGAAGAGUGAUCAAACCUCCAGAUAGGUUGGAUUUAUAAGUAGUUUGGAUGAUGAGCUAAUCUUUAUAUGGUAACCAUUCCACCUGUUGUGAUGAUAUAAAGUAAUUUAGAAAAGGAGGAAUGUAAGGUGUUGGGGGCAGUGAGAGGAUUAGAUACUAUGUUAUGUUCAUUCUUUUAUAACUAUUGUUGUUGUUGUUGUUGAGCCGGGCCGUGGAGAGUACACUUGUUAUUGUUA